AUGGGAAUCGCCAAGUCUGGGUAUCCGCUCCACUCCAAGCGAUCCGGCUUCCGCGUCAUGAUGCCUGUGUUCAAGUUACAGGGAUGCGAUAUCACCGCUAGGAACGUCAAUAGAAGUGAUUCAAUUUACGGAUCCACGUUCACUGAUGAGAACUUCGUCAAGAAGCAGUCCUGCCUUGAAAUCCUCUCAAUGGGCAAUGUUGGAAAAGGACCAUGGGAUCUCAGUUCUUCAUCAGCACCGAGCCACAACCGAGUGGUUGAACCACAAACACAUCGUAUUCAGGCAUUGCCUACUGCUGCCAACUCUAGGUGA